CUAAAUUAAUCACUUUGCCUAAUUUGUUUUUUUUUUACUAAUUAAUUAUUAUAAUCAUACAAAGAAAGGAUAUUCAUACAUGGGGCAUCAUUCAUGUUGUAAUCAACAAAAGGUAAAGAGAGGACUUUGGUCACCAGAAGAAGAUGAAAAGCUCAUCAGAUAUAUUACUUCUCAUGGCUAUGGCUGUUGGAGUGAAGUCCCUGAAAAAGCUGGGCUUCAAAGAUGUGGAAAAAGUUGUCGUUUGAGAUGGAUCAAUUAUUUGAGGCCUGAUAUUAGAAGAGGAAGAUUUACCCCAGAAGAAGAAAAGUUGAUUAUAAGUCUACAUGGAGCUGUAGGCAACAGGUGGGCACAUAUAGCAAGUCAUUUACCUGGAAGAACAGAUAACGAAAUAAAAAAUUACUGGAACUCUUGGAUAAAAAAGAAGCUAAAAAAAACUUCAAAAUCAUCAACAAACACAACUUCAAUUACUGAUCAUCAUCACCACCAGCAUCAAAAUCAAAGAUCUCAAUUGACAAAUUAUAACACAAUUACAAGCCAACAAGAUAUAUUCUUCACACAAGACAUUGGAACAAAAUCUCAAGUACUCCUCCAAGAUUCUACCCUAUUCAAUUCACCAAACCAAUUGUUCUUUUUUGAUGGUGGUUCACUUGACUCAAUGACAAAUGUUCUUAUUAACGAUGCCACAAAUCGAAAUGCUACUAAUAACACCUCGUUAUUUCAAGAAACAUCGAUAUUGAAUUCAGAGUUCUGCUGGCAAGUAGAUCAACAACAAGUACAGACAUCUUCGUACGCGAUAGGGAUGAAUUCAAAUUAUUUGCCACCUUUGAUAGAGAGUAUGGUACCACCAAUGGAAAUACCUAGUAGUAAUAAUAACAAUAAUAUAAUAUUGGAAGGACAAGAAAAUAAUAAUGAAUUGAAUGAAUGGAAUAGUCAAGUUGACACACAACAAUGUUGUCCAAGUUAUCUAUUUUGGGAUCAAGAAAAUGGAUCAAUUGGUGGUGAUCAUGAGAUUAUAGAUCCAACUACAUCAAACAAUAUGGGACAAAUUUUAUCUUCUUUUCCUUCUACUUUAUGAGAUGAUUGAAGAUUGAUUUUUUUUUUUUUUGAAUUAUUUCGGGAGUUUUUUUUAAUUUUAUUAAUUGAGUUGUGAAAUAGAUUAGAGAGUGAAAUGAAAGCAUGUUAAUUAAUUAAAAGUGUUUCUUUGGACAUAUUUUUAAAAUUAAGUGAGAGGGAAAUAACAUUGAGUUUUUAUCUAUGAGAAAUGUUUCACAUAUUCUUUAAUUCACCAAUUAGUAUUAGAGUUUAAGUUAUAUAUAUUUACAGACGUUAGUGUAAGAAAAAUUUACAUGUAUCUAUUGUAAUAGAUAAUUUGAUUUAUUUUCA